CAGUAUUAAUACUCCAAUUCCGUGUUCUGCAUCUAUUUCCUCCUCCUCACCCUCCCAAAAUCUUCCGACAAAAGCAUCAUCGUAGUUGUAUUUAUAGUUGAUCUGUAGUCAGAGGCGCCUGUUCCAACCACCUCUUCUUCUCUGCUUCUGCUGUUCUUGGCUGAAUUCUGGUUAGGGGAAAUACAGGAGCCAGCCGAUAAAAGAAUUUGUUGAAAGAGGUGAGCAAGAUCCUAAUCCUAGCCUCUAUUGUUGCGAUCUCUACGCGUUUCUAAGGAAGGACUCCUUCAUAUAACCUAUGGGAAAAGAUGUUAAAGCAACUCCUGUGUUUGAGUUAUCUUCAUUUACCGUAACAAAUGAUGUAUUCAAUAAUCUUCAGGAUGAAAACGGGUGUGCGUGUAUUGAACUUUAUGGUCACAUCAAAUUUAUUGAUGAUAAUUCUGAUGAGUACAUUCUGUUUGAUUGUGAUCCUAGUGAUCCAGCGAUUGUUUAUUUAUCGGACAAUAAUUCAGUACUCCUCAGAGAAUCUAUAUUUAACCCGCCUUAUUGGUCUUAUUGGAUGCAUAGAUUCUCUUUGAUAAUUUAUCUAAAAGAUAAGCGUAGAGAUAUUGUAGUUGUGGAUAGUACCAAAGACUUUGAUUUCGCCUUUAUGGAUGUUUACGAUGUAAACGAAGGUUGUUGGAGGAUAGAAACCCCCAUGUGUGGACUUGUUUCAGUGCAUUACAGAAUUUUCCCAUACGCAGUCUAUGCUCAUGUGGAUGUUGAAGUUGUUGACUGUAAUGGUAGUAGAAGAAGUUAUAAAAAAGAAGAUUGUGAUAAGCCUUUGAAGAGUGAAGACCUGUGUCAGGCUGUUGUGACCGGCAAAAUUUUGUCUACUUGUAAGACACAGGAUAAGAGGUGUAUUUCGCGAGUGAUAUUUGAUGAGAGUUGUUAUGAUUCUGCAAAUUUGACUUCUACUGACCUGUUCUGGAUCUGUUGGUUGGCUGUUCCAGCUUAUUCUCGGAAGCUUAGAAUUGAAGUAGACUUAGAGGUUGACGGCGAAAAGAUAGGGAGUGGUCACGUUUUGGAUUUCGACGUCACAGACAUCUGUGUGCCAACUCGAAAGGAAAUUAAGGAACAAAAUUGGUGCAUCAUAGUGAGGGUGGACUGGAAGCAUGCAUAUUCUUUCAUUACCAAAGAAUAUUUUGUUCGGAUUGACCCUAAGCUUUUUGUUGAAGGAGCAUCUGCUGCAGAAAGUGAAGGUCAUUCAACGUUUUCAAAAAUUUCAAGUAGAGAAUCACAUCUAGAGGUCUUUCCUGAUAUAUAUGACCCUAGCUCAGUGAGCCCUAUAGAUAUGAGCACUAAGGGGAUGGUACGUGAUCCUAUACCUUUGUUCUUUCCAUACAACCACAGUCUUGUGGAGAUUUUCUCAGUUUCUAUUACUCCUCCUCGGGAAAAAUGUUGGAAACUCUGUGGAGAAGUCGAGUGUACUGAUACAUUUGAGACGUAUAAUAUCUUUUGCAAAGAAGGGGAAGAAUAUGUUGAGGUGAGUUACUCUAAAAAUACCUUGCCAUUACAGGAGCCUUGUAGUUGUUAUGUGGGUGGAAAUUUAUGUUUAGAUAUUCUCCUAACAAAUAGUCAAGGCUUUGAAAUCAGCAAUGGUUACGUGUCAUGGUAUGAAUUUCAAGUUGCUAAUUGGUACGACCAACGUAUAUGUUCAAUAGUUCGUGGCAAAUACGGUUUUGCAGCGGUUCAUUAUACUAUAUUUUCGAUGGCAGCCCAAGCUGGAGUUACUAUUGUUUUAAAUUCCAACGAUGGUUGUUCUCGUAUGAUUCGUGGGAACAUCUUUGGUCGUUAUAGUGGCUAUAGAUAUCACACUUACUACGAGAAGAAAUAUUUUCAAAGUAAGUUGUAUGAAAACUGUGCGGAGGUAAAUAAUGCAGAGAAAUUACCAUUGUCAAAAUCUGUUGUUGCAGUGCCGGUGAAUCACUCGCUUAUUCUUGAAGCACAUAUUCAAGUUGGUAAGCUUGGCAAGAAUUUUCAAGAUGAAUAUUUCAAGGGUCAGGUUACAUUUAAGCCGGUUCUGACUGAACCUCCUGAGGUUCAGUCUAGCCAUCAGAUAAUUUAUGGAGAAGACUUCAGUUUAUCAGUUUUAGUUAAUUGGGGGUAAAAAAAAAUCUAUAUCUCUAAAUAAGCAAUACAAAUAUUUUGGUAAAAUAUUACAGAGUAUAUCAAUUACCUUGUGUGGCUGCUUCUCCCCUCUCUCCCUCUUUUCUCUCUCUUUUUAGGGUUUUCAAAAGUUAGGGUUUUUUAGGAUGGAAAUAGCCAAUUUUAUUCGGAAAUUUGGUUAUUUUCCCCUCUUCUCUUUCAUUCUGUUGUGUUUUUGCGUUAGAUAUCAAUAAAACUACAUAGUUUCAGUGUAGUAAGUACCCCUAUGGUGGGUUUGAUUGUUUCGGUGUAGUAAGUACCCCCAUGGUGGGUUUGCUUUUAGUUAAGUUUUGUGAGUUUAGUUUAGUUCAGGUUGUUUAUUUGGUAAAGACUUAUGCGGGAUCGAAGAGGAUGUUAAUCUUUCGACUACAAUCAGACGAAUCAGACGGAUAUCAUAUUUGUAACAGCUACAACAGAUCUAUAGACCCCCUCGUCAAUGAAGGCUGUAAAUCACAGCGAUAUUAAAGAGGGUAUACAGAAUGUUUUGAUAUACUACGAUCGUAGCUAUGAUGAAAAGAAGUUUUUAUUUGAUUCGAUUGCUAUGUAUUUGUUAGAUUAAAAUCUUAAUGUAGAUAUCGUAUGACUAUUUAUCAAUGAAUUAAUUUGUUUAUCAAAAAAAAGUUGAUUGGGGGUAACAA